AUGAUUCAGAAUAUUGAGAAGACCGCCCUGCUCUCUGAGCGUGUCAAUCUGCUUGCUACUGAGAUGGAACCUGAGACAGCAGACCAGAAAAUAUGGGAUUUUAAGAUGCAGGUUGACCUGGCUGAGAAGAAGCAGCAGAAACCCUCUUCUGAGAAGGCAGUGAAGAGAGAUUUUGAGAUGAUUAUCAUCUCAGAUGAGAAGGAGAAGAAGAAGAAGAAGAAGAAGAAGAAGAAGAAUGAGAAGUGA